CAUGACUAAAAACCAGUGUUCCUCGGUCCACCCCACCCUGGCUCCUCUCCCCACGAUCUCCUCGCCGCCUCCACCACCCACCCCGGCCAGUUCCGGCGAGCAUCGGUCGUGCGCAAUAUUCCCCCAAGCUCCGCCCCUCCAUCCAGAUCCGACAUGGUUGCAGUUCCUACAUGGCCACCCUCUUCUCCACCGCGCUCUCGCACCACUUCAUCCCGCUCCUCCGCCGCCUCCUUUGCCUGCGGCCCGCUGCGCGCCGUGUCGGCGCUGCUGGUGCCGCGGAGGCGGCUCCUGCUGCCCAUGGCCAUGGGGGACGCCGGGGGGGACAGAGCGAGGGCGCCGGGGGAGGAUCUGCCAUUCCCGGUGACGGCGCAACAGAGGAGGAGCUGAGCUGUUGUGCGCGCCGGACAAGGAGCUCAAAUCCUGCUCCGGGAGGCAACGCACAGGAAGUAGCAGCUGAGCCAGAGGAGAUGCAUGGGAGGGAACGCGUCGUUGCCGUCCGCCUGACACCCCCGCUUCUUCUCCGCCGUCGGCGUCGUCCCCAUGAUUCAGCUGUUCUCUUGCCAGAUCUGAAUGAACAGGGCAUCUCAAAGUGGGUGCAUCUGCAUCGGGCAACCCAACUUCUUCACCAUGAUUGAGCUGAUCAAUCUUCACAUCUGAAUGAACAGGGCAUCCAUCCAUC